GACGACUGUUUUUACCCCGCCACACACGCGGCGCACGAAGGUGCUCGACUACUGUGCUGUGCAAGCACCGGGAAACCACCGCGACGGGGCGUUGAAUUAUUUUCGCCCUUGAGUGACUCAACGGGGCUGCCAAGUACAUAACCCACGACCACGACCGAGACGCAUUAUUUCGGGGAGAGUGUCUCCAGUCGACACAGAAUCUCUCCCUUCUUUGCUCACCGGGAUUUACCUGCCCUGAGUUCAUUUGCCUCAAUUCCUCCUCCUUGGUCCGCAUCGAAUAGCUUCGGUAUUACCGAGGCGCACGCCACAAUGUCGAUCAACUUCGCCAAGGAAGAGGAGGCUGUUAUCCAGAGAUGGCGCGAUAUCAAGGCCUUUGAGCGGCAGGUCGAGCUGUCCGAAGGUCGGCCGCUCUACACCUUUUAUGAUGGCCCCCCCUUCGCGACCGGCCUGCCACACUAUGGCCACCUCCUCGCCUCCACCAUCAAGGACAUUAUCCCGAGGUAUUGGUCCAUGAAGGGCUUCCAUGUCGAGAGGCGCUUCGGCUGGGACACGCACGGCUUGCCCAUUGAGCACGAGAUCGACAAGAAGCAUGGCAUUUCAGGCAAGGCCGCUGUCGACAAGUUCGGGCUCGCGAACUAUAACGAGGAGUGCCGGUCCAUCGUCAUGCGCUAUCGCGAGGAGUGGAGGCAUACCAUCGAGCGGCUAGGAAGGUGGAUCGAUUUCGACAACGACUACAAGACCAUGGAUCCCAAGUUCAUGGAGUCCGAGUGGUGGGUUUUCAAGCAGCUGUUCGACAAGGGACAGGUGUACCAGGGCUUCCGUGUUAUGCCCUACUCGACAGUUCUCACCACCGCCCUCAGCAAUUUCGAGGCCAACCAGAACUACCAGGACGUCACGGACCCUGCCGUUAUCGUGUCCUUUCCGCUCAAGUCAGACCCCGAGACGUGUCUGCUUGCCUGGACCACGACCCCUUGGACCCUUCCGUCCAACCUUGCCUUGGCCGCCCAUCCCAAUUUCGAGUACAUCAAGAUCCAGGACGAGAAGUCGGGCAAGAAGUACAUCCUGCUGGAGAAGCUCCUAGGCACCCUAUACAAGGACCCCAAGAAGGCCAAGUUCUCCGUCGUCGAGAAGAUUAAGGGCAAGGAUAUGCUUGGCUGGCAGUACGAGCCCCUGUUCAACUACUUCUACGACGAGUUCAAGGAUUCUGCCUUCCGUGUCCUCAACGCAACCUACGUCACGGACGAUGGUGGUGUGGGUAUUGUCCAUCAAGCGCCGACAUUUGGUGAGGACGAUUACAACGUCGCUGUUGCCGCGGGAUACAUCAACGAGAACCGACCACCGCCCGAUCCAGUCAACGAGACAGGCCAUUUCACCGCGCAGGUGAGCGACUUUGUUGGCAUGCACGUCAAGGAAGCCGACAAGCACAUCAUCAAACACCUCAAAGGCACGGGUAGACUGGUGGCCGAAUCGCAGCUCAAGCACUCAUACCCUAUGUGCCCUCGUUCGGAUACGCCCCUCAUCUACCGUGCCGUGCCCUCUUGGUUCGUGCGCAUCCCUGAGAUCGUCCCCAAGAUGCUCGAGGGUAUCGAGGGCCAGCACUGGGUCCCCAAUUUCGUCAAGGAGAAGCGCUUUUCCAGCUGGAUCGCCAACGCUCGCGACUGGAACGUCUCGCGCAAUAGGUACUGGGGCACACCGAUCCCUCUGUGGGUCAGUGACGACCUGGAAGAAAGGGUGUGCAUCGGAAGCAUAGAGGAGCUCAAAAAGCUGAGCGGCUACGAGGGCGAGAUCACGGAUCUGCAUCGCCAUCACAUCGAUCACAUUACCAUCCCCAGCAAACAGGGCAAGGGCGUUCUGAAGCGCAUUGAGGAGGUGUUUGACUGCUGGUUUGAGUCGGGAAGCAUGCCGUACGCCAGCCAGCACUACCCGUUUGAAAACACAGAGAAGUUCGAAAAGUCGUUCCCCGGCGACUUCAUCGCCGAGGGCCUGGACCAGACUCGCGGUUGGUUCUACACCCUGCUUGUCCUGGGCACCCACCUGUUUGGCAUUGCGCCCUUCAAGAAUUGCGUCGUCAACGGUAUCGUUCUCGCCGAGGACGGUAAAAAGAUGUCGAAGCGUCUCAAGAACUACCCGGCGCCUGACAUUGUCAUGAACAAGUACGGCUCCGAUGCCCUGCGGCUGUAUCUCAUCAACUCCCCCGUCGUGCGCGCCGAACCUCUCCGCUUCAAGGAGACCGGUGUCAAGGAGGUCGUUCAGAGGGUCCUUCUGCCCUUCUGGAACAGCUACAAGUUUUUCGAGGGACAGGUUGCUCUGCUGAAGAAGGUAGAAGACAAGGAUUACUGCUGGGACCCGAACUCGGGGUCGUCCAACACAAAUGUCAUGGACCGCUGGAUUCUGGCCAGCUGUCAGAGUCUUCUCGAGUUCGUGAACGAGGAGAUGGAGCACUACCGUCUCUACACCGUCGUCCCGCAGCUGCUCGGACUGAUCGAUAAUACAACAAAUUGGUAUAUCCGCUUUAACCGGAAGCGUCUCAAGGGAGAGAAUGGGGUGGAUGACACGUUGCACGCCCUGCACACACUCUUCGAGGUUCUCUUCACUCUCUGCAGGGGUCUGGCGCCUUUCACGCCUUUCAUCACGGAGACCAUCUACCAGAAGCUCCUUCCAUUCAUCCCCGCAAACAUGCAGGGCGAGGACGCGCGAAGUGUCCACUUCCUACCAUUCCCGACCGUUCGCCGAGAGCUUUUUGAUCCCGAGGUCGAGAGGAGAGUCGGGCGUAUGCAGAAGGUCAUUGAGCUCGCGCGAGUGUCUCGGGAGAGGAAGGCUAUCGGACUCAAGACACCGCUCAAGACUCUGGUCGUCAUUCAUCACAGCUCAGAGUAUCUGGAGGACGUUAAGUCUCUUCAGACGUAUAUUACCGAGGAGAUGAACAUCCGAGACCUGGUGCUGACUUCGGACGAGGCCAAGCACGGAGUGCAAUACAGCGCCACGGCGGACUGGCCGGUUCUGGGCAAGAAGCUGAAGAAGGACAUGGCGCGGGUCAAGAAGGCGCUCCCGGGGCUGACGAGCGAGCAGGUGCACAAAUAUGUGCUCGAAGGCGAGAUCGUGGUGGACGGCAUCAAGCUGGACGCGGGCGACUUGGUGGUCAGGCGUGGGUUGAGCGAGAGCCCGUCGUCGCAGAACCUCGAGACCAACACUGACAAUGACGUGCUCAUUAUCCUCGACUGCGAGCUGCACGCGGAGCUGGCGCACGAGGGCAUUGCGCGCGAGAUCAUAAACCGAGUUCAGCGGUUGCGCAAGAAGGCGGGUCUGCAAGCGACGGACGACGUCAAGAUGGAGUACGAGGUACUUGGCGACCCCGAAACGAUCGGUCUGGCCGAUGUUUUCGGGACACAGUCGGCUAUGCUGGAGAAGGCGCUACGAAGGCCAGUAGAGAAGAGUGCGGGGCCGAGUGGCGAGGGCCUCAUUGCUGAGGAGCUUCAGGAAGUGCAGAAGGCGACCUUCAACUUGCGGUUGCUGAAGCUGUAGUUUGACACAAUGUCGAUCAUCGGAGGAGAAUCUACUUGAGAAUAAAGUGCACCAAGUGGCCACUGGAUCUUUUAGUCAUUCAUUGGAGGGCGUUGGUAAAUCGUGGGCAUGAUUUUGAGCAUAGAGACGGAAAGUCUUUUGAGGACAAUGGUAGGUAAAAGGAAAGAAAAGAGUGUGAAAGUGAAGGAAGGGAAGGUGGCCGAGAAGGAAUCGGGUGGAUAGAGAAAAAAAACCCCCCAAAGAAUAAACGCUACGACUAAAUAAGGAAAGCUGCCCGUAUUUCCUUUACAAAUCCCUCUUCAUCGUGGUUUCUUGGAUGCUGUCUGUGUCCCGUUGUAAGUAAACGAAAGGCGAAGGAGAAAUCUGGGGACAGCUUACCAAGUAGCAGUCUUUGAGCUUCAGGAACUCUUUUUUGCAUUUAUCCUUAUGGACUGCGUUGUAGUCUUCAACGAUGCAUUUGCCAUAGACGGCGGCCUACACAUCAGUGUAUAUCUAGUUAGCGAGUAUUGUCGACAAAGGAAAACUGAUGGAGUUGCUGGGAGGGACUCGCCUCAG